CCAUCCCCACUCAGGUUGCAAGAACGUGCGCGUUCUCGUUGAAAACUACGUAAUGACGUCACGUCCCGUGCGCUGUUGCGUACAAGAAUGAAUUACGCACUUGUCACUGCAGGCUCUAGCGAGUUGUUUGUACUCGGUCUGAACGAAUUCACGCCUAAGGUCUGCUGACAGACGGGAUAAGAAUAUCCACCGAGGCUAAACCGCUGCUACAGGGGGCAAGUUCGAGAAAGUUUCAUUACAGCGCUUCACAGUGAAGGUUCUGGAGUCGAGCAGCUUGUGUGGAGAGAGAGAGAAAGAGAGAGAGAGUGUGUGUGUGUGUGUGUAUGACGAGCAGAAUUCCAGCCUGCCAGAAUGCGACGCUUGUUAGGUUGAAUUAAAGACUUAGCCGUUUAGCAUGGCGUGUUUAUCCUGACACUGACAACUAAGUGUAGCUAUAUUUUGUGUAUAGCUACCCAACUGUAAUGGUCUUUAUUAUGUAGUGAUGCAUAAAUUAAUUGUUUUUUAGUGGUAGGGUUUAUGCCGUCGUACUUGAGAAGGCUGCUCGCGCGUUGUUGGGAUAACUCGCUUAGCAAAACGAGCAAAUGAGCAGAUUUACGAAUAAGACGCCUUUCAUUAGUCCACCGGAGAGCCCUGAAAAUGGAGGUUCGGUCGUCGGGAGCACGGACUGGGGCCUGGGUAAUGCCGGGUUCCCGUGCUCCUACGAUGACUCCUUGGCGGUGCAGUCGGAUGUGGAUAGGCACCUGGGGCUUCUCCAUAACCGGCAGGACGCCAUGGCGCUGCGCUUGGACCACUCUUACCGGAGCGGUACCGAGUCCUACCUCGACGGCUCUCAGAUGGACUACAGCGAGAACAACGGAAACACGAGUCCGCUGGAGAGCAGGAGAAAACACCGCUCCGGCGCUCCCAGACAGCGCUUUGAGGUGGUAGCGGAACUCGGGCCGGAGGAAGUGCGCUGGUUUUAUAAGGAAGACAAGAAGACGUGGAAACCUUUCGUCGGGCACGACUCCCUAAGAAUCGAGCUCACGUACCGCAAGCUGUGUGAACUGAAUUCGGACCAGGAGGGUGGCUCAGGCCAUGCGGUACCGGACGGAGAGGAUCCUUGUGAGCAUGCGUCAGCCGUGGCCUCAGUACAGAGCUCCGAGCAGCUCCAGGAGACCGAUCUGGAGAUCAGCAUUGAGGCAGUGUGUGUCCGAGGAGGACUCUACGAGGUGGACGUCCGAGAGAAAGAGUGCUAUCCUGUGUACUGGAACCAGCAGGACUGCAUCCCUGUCAUGAGGGGACAGUGGUUUAUAGAUGGCACAUGGACGCCCAUGGAGGAGGACGAGAGUGACCUCAUAGAGAAGGAGCACCUGAUGUGCUUCCGGGGACAACAGAUGCAGGACACUUUAGAAAAUGAUGUGGUGGCCAAGACGGUGGAUAGCAAAGAUGUUCUCUCCCACUUCCCCCCUUUCUACCUCCCUUUUCUGUUCAAAUGGAGUGGAUAUCAGACGAGUACUAAAAGCCUCAAGCGAAAGCGUUGCCAAGCCGUCCACAGCCUAAAGCUAAGUCGCAGCCAUGUUGAUUGGCACAGUGUUGAAGAGGUGUAUCUGUACAGCGACGCCACUACCUCUAAGAUCGCCCGCACUGUCACACAGAAGCUUGGCUUCUCAAAAGCCUCAAGCAGUGGCACCAGGCUUCAUCGAGGCUAUGUGGAGGAGGCCUCUUUGGAAGAUAAGCCCCCUCAGACAACCCACAUUGUCUUUGUUGUGCAUGGCAUCGGACAGAAGAUGGACAAAGACCGUAUUAUCAAGAACACAGGCAUGCUGCGAGAGGCUGUGCGGAAAAUGGAAGAGAGACACUUUGCUGAGCACACAGAGGAGCAUGUGGAGUUCUUGCCAGUAGAGUGGCGCUCCAAACUGACCCUGGAUGGAGACACAGUCGACUCCAUCACGCCAGAUAAGGUGCGGGGGCUGAGAGACUUACUGAAUAGCAGUGCCAUGGACAUCAUGUAUUACACCAGCCCGCUCUACAGAGAUGAGAUUACUAAAGGCCUGACCCAGGAACUCAACCGACUGUACUCACUCUUCUGCUCUCGGAACCCGGAGUUUGAGCAGAAAGGGGGCAAAGUAUCCAUCGUUUCCCACUCUCUAGGCUGUGUGAUUGCAUACGACAUCAUGACAGGCUGGGACCCAGUGCGUUUUCGCCUCCAGGAGUUUCAAGAGCCUGAUGACGAGGAGCUGCAUUGGAUGAGCUACAAAGAGCGCGAUCUAUUGGAGCAGGUGCAAAGUGCCAGACAAAGAUUGCGAGAACUGGAGGAUCAGCUUCAGGGUCUGGAGGCUACUAAACCUCCAGCUACUCCUGAAUUGAAGUUUAAGGUGGAGAACUGCUUCUGCAUGGGCUCUCCCCUAGCUGUGUUCUUGGCCUUGCGUGGCAUUCGACCAGGGAACACUGGAUACCAGGACCACAUCAUGCCGAAAUCCAUCUGCCAGCGCCUUUUCAACAUCUUCCACCCCACAGACCCAGUGGCCUAUCGACUGGAGCCUCUUGUGUUGAAACACUACAACAAUAUUGCACCUGUCCAAAUACACUGGUGCAACACCUCCAAUCCCACUCCGUAUGAUGAAAUGAAACCCCCCACGUACCUGAACCCAGUGAAGGAUCCAACUUCAGACACAGAGAGUCUCCCCAGCCCCAGUACAUCACCUGUAAUGUCCCGCCGACCCUAUGGCGAUUCCAUCACCACACUGGGCAAGGCCAGCAUACUGGGUGCUGCCAGCAUUGGAAAAGGCAUUGGAGGAAUGUUGUUCUCCCGUUUUUCACGCUCCAGUAGUCAACCAUCUGAAGUGGAUUCUGGAGCAGUGGAGAGUGAGGAGAAGAGCCAGUCAGCAUAUAGCCUGUCUACCAUGUCUCAGUCUACCUCCACCAUCAUUGAUACUGCAGUGGAGAUGGAGCACCGCCUUGAUUUUGAGCUGCGGGAAGGCUUGGUUGAGAGCCGCUACUGGUCAGCAGUCACCUCUCACACAGCCUACUGGAACUCUCAUGAUGUGGCCCUGUUCCUGCUGACCUUCAUAUACAAAUCACAGAGCUCAUCUGAGACAUCCCAAGACAAUCCUGACCCCGAGUGACCCAGAGAUAGGACUACACACAGAUAGCUCUAUGUUCUCCCGUAGAGAUAUGAUAACACUCAAGCACACUCCCUCUCUCAUUUUGCCUCAUAAAAAUGCUUCUUUGUCAUACAAAGACUGAUUGCCAUUUUUCCUGUUGCUUGUGCAGCAACCUUUCCCAUUAACCCAGUAACCAUCAAUUCCUACUGGGCAUACUAUUUGAUACAUUGAGUAAACUUCUAGUCCUAGAAACAUUUUUUAAAGCUUUGUUUUGGGUGCUGUUAAGGCCUUUUCAACCAGUCCCAUUUCAUUAGCAUUAGAUACAAUUGGCUCUGCAAGACGUGUGCGUGUGUGCGCGCGCUUCACCAACCCUGGAGCAGUCCACAUGGUUUAUGUAGCUGCAUCUUAUCCAAAGCAUAAACCAGACAUUAUUAAGGGCACAUAACACACAAGCAUGGACCUCUCCGUCCUGUUCAUCCUUUUGUCCGUUUAUUAUUAUUUAUCCACAUGAAGACACUUACCAAGCAAAUGCAACAGUCCGAUGUCUUUAUUUAUUGAUAUAUUAAUAUAUCUAAGGAUCGUGCAUAGUACUCUAAUUUUUGGGAAAAGUAUUUCAAGAUUUAAAUGUUUAUUUUUAUUCCUGGAGAAUACUGGACCUUUUUAAUGACUAACACACAAUAUCUGUAUUCUCAAACUGGAGAAGGGUGAACCAUUAACAAACAAAAAAAGUCCUUUUUAUACAGGAGAUAAAUAAUACAAAGCAAUUAUCAUAUUUCGUUGAUUUUACAACCAGAUGGUGCUGUCGGGAAGCAAAGUGAACAGUGCAUUUUCUUAAGCCAGUUAUAUGCCUGAUUCUACUUUGCAUGGAGUUUGAGGAUGAAAUUGCUGCUGCAUUGAUUUUGUAGCCAAACCUAACCUUUUAUAAUCCUGCCUGAGUCAGGCCGUGUGUUGAUGCAUUAACAUACUGCAUAUGUGCGCUGGUGCAUUGUUACUUUGGAGUAUUAGAACUACUGUGUAGCUUCAAAGAGAUCGCCUCAUUGUUUCUUAUUAUUUCAACCUGAUUUCAGCCAAAUACAGUGGAGUGGAAUCAAAUAAACUGACUGGAUGAUCUGCUUUAUGUAAUUACACUAGCAAUUAGGCCAAAAUCAUGUGACUGGACUCAGAGAUUAGGAAGUACUUUGCAAUGUUCCUUUGACUCAGUGGUAGUGUGGUAUUCAGGCACCUUUUACCUUUAGGCCCAUAGUAAUAAACAGAGAUUAUAUAUUUUAUAUCUAUUUAGUUAUCAGUUGUGGAAUGAUGAUAAUAGUCCUUCAAAAUUGUGAUAUUCCAAUGAGAGGCCAAAUGUUUUCGCUAUAAAAUUGCUACUCAUAGAAGUACUGUUGGUUCAUGUUGAAGCUUCCUGUGUCUUUUUUAAGCACUUUUGAGAUGUUAGAUAUGCAACGGGCAGAGAGUGGUUAGUGGGGAUUAUCCUUACAAAAUUAAAUGGUACUAACAGCCAGUAUCUACUUUAUUUAAUGUCUGCAUUGUGUUUAAAAUUCCAAAAAGCCAUGCUACACCCCUCUAUGGCAGGGGCUGCAGUAUGUUGAUUUAUUUUGUUUUUAUCAUUGUGUGCUCACACAAGUGCAGUUAGUAAUUGUUAGUUAGGCUGUGUGGAUAUUUAAAAAUGGCCAGGUUGCCUUUGAGGACCACAGAGCCAGUCCUCUGUUGGGAAGCUGACGUGGCUUUUCCACUCGAGCUGAAGGAUGAGCUAGUUAUUUAUGACUCACUGUUACUGUUGGCAAUAGGAAACAGAAAUUAAUGAAGGACCAGACCUUGCACAUUACUGCAUGGCUAUAAAUUGCACAGAAUGGAAUAAAAGACCCUCUUGAUGUCCAGUUUUUGCUACUUUGUACAUUGCAUUAUGGAAGAGAAUGCACCUUUCUCAUUUUGCUUGGAUUGUGAUAACAUUAUCCAUUUAAACAUUAAUCAUUGGCAAAAAAAAAAAAAAUGUCUGAGGUUCUUAAUCCAUCAUGGAGGGUUUGUUCUUUGGGACCCCCCCCCUUGCAAGCCAUGCCUCAGAAUCUCUGCAUGUGCUAGUAAUAACCAUGACUAAUGGAAUAAUUUGAAGCAAUUUACAUCUUCAUAAACGCACUAGUACAUUUUCUGCAUUAGUGCUGCUUCUAGAUCUUUCAGACCAGCCAUUAAGAGAUUCAGAUGGUUUUCCUAAACACUUGACAUGGGCACAAUAAGAAAAUGUGUGCUUCAAUAUACAAUACACAGAUUGUGGGCUUUACUCAGAUGCAUGCUCAGGUUUGAGAUUUUGUGAUGUUUUGAGAUCUCUGGUCUUCUUGAAUAACAGUAAUCUAAGCUACACAUGCCAUUUUUGUAUUUGCUAAUUUAUUAUUUGCCUUUUAUCCUGGCAACUCACCAACUUGUCAUUGGAGAAAUAUAUGACUAAGCUUCCUGUGUGGUGUAGUAAAGAAUCCUCUUUCCUGUACACUGUUCUGUAAAAUUCAGUUAUAAGGCCAGUUUCCACUACGAUAUUGAUUGAUUAAUCCAAAACAUGAAAAAUGUCCUCGAUGACUGUUAUUUAAAUGUACUAAAAAUGUUGAGCUUGGAAAGACAUGCUGUGCAAUAACCCAUGCCUGUAAUGGAUUCAAACUGCCAUCGGAAUAACACUGUAUUUAUUUCAGUUUAUUAAAGCAUUACUCCUUUUUUUUUUUUUUU